AUACAUUAAGCAUUGUUAAUAACAUGCGGGCUGUAUGAAUUGUACUUUUAAAUAAUACUACUUUAUUACUUUAAUAUUAUAAUAAUAAUAAUAAUACCUCGUUGUUGAACAGUAAACCUGCUCAGUAUUCUAUUUAACCGUGCAUGAUAUUGUGCAUUAUAUCAUUGGGUGUCGGGUUGACUUUUUAGUGAACGAAUCGUGUUGUCGUUAUGUCUAAAGUUGAGCGUCUGAACGCGCGAGUAAUGAAGUUACUGACAUCAGCUGUGAAUGAAGUAACUGAGAUCAUCAUACAAACAGUUUGUGAAUAUCAGGAGAAAACAGCCCGAACACACAGAGAGAACGAAAGACUGCGGAGGAAAUUACAAGAGCUACAGGAGAAGCUGGACAAAGGUUCUCAGCCCAUCUCUAGACAAGACCUGCCAACUCAAUGUCAAUGCAGUCAGCACUCAACCACCAGUACAGCAGACCACUACAUAACACAUCUCAAACAGGACCCAGGCAGUAAAGGAUACCCACAAAACUCUGACUAUAUCUGUGUUGAGUUAACAUUACCUGAACUAAAUGAAGCAGAAAGAGACACGUGUGGCUCAAAUGAGAGUGCUGUGGCGUGCGUGAGCACCGCUCACCAUCAGACAUGUGACAAACCUACUGCUAGUAAGAUCUCCUCGAAUGCAUCUACAGAAAGCAUUAUAUCUCAAAGUGAUAAGAGUUUAUCUCCUCCUGAAAUCAAGACAGAACCUGAAAACCAAUUUGCAGAAGAACCGUUUCCCCAGAAUGACUUCAUUAUAAACACCAAGGCAAGUGUCAUAUUAGCGCAGAGUGUACUUCCUCCACAGACUCCUUUAGCUGAUGUAGAUCUUUCUGCACUGGCUUCCUGUGUCAGUGCCGAUGCAUUCAACUCAUCUGCGGAGACGUUCUCCUAUGAUGAAGAUCCGAAUUUGCUAUCAGACAGCCAGCAGCCUAGACAAGGCCAACUAGAUAAUGAUGCCCGCCCUAGCUGCCUCAUAUGUGGAAAAACUUUUAGUAGAAUUGGAAACCUCCGUAUGCAUCAACGCUGCCAUACUGGCGAGAGACCCUACACGUGUAUCUACUGCGGCCGGCACUUCAGUCAUGCUGGAAACCUCCACAGGCACAAAAGAGUUCACACAGGAGAACGACCGUACAGCUGCCAGCAGUGUGGAAAAACUUUUAGACAGGCCAGUCAUCUGCAGAAACAUCAACGAAUACACAUUUUUACACUGCAUUGCAACAAUGCAGGAAAUGUGCAACAAAGUGCGACAUGCACCUUAUUUCAUUCAUAAACUCUGUAUUUCUCUGUCUAGUUGUCCCCUCUCUUGCCAGUUUUAGCUUUAUAUGGUAUGUUUGUUAAUCAGUUAUUAAAAAAGCUAAAUUGUUCCUAAAAGUUCUAAAAUGGUUGCUAAUUUACUGUUUAUUGUCUCGCAGUACUUUGUUCAACAAAGCUGGCUUUGGCGUUAGUUUGGCACCAAGUAUGAGUCAAUUAUGAAAAUGAAAUGUCAUUAUUUACUCUCCCAAAUGUUGUUCCAUACCUAAUUCACACAUGGAACACAAGAGUCAAAUUCAGAGGAGUCAUUUUAACUCUCAGAGAUCUAGGCCUUUGGACUUUUGUAUAUGAAAAUUGUAUCCCCUUCUCUCACAAACUUCACUCCGUCUCAUGGACUCGGAUGUAUGUCACUGCCUAUGUUGUGCGAGUGUCCACUACUGGUGGAGGACGUGCAAGGGUUUAACUGGAACACACUUAACCCUUGAUCGCUUGGAGCAAGUUGAAGGCUGAUGUUAAUUAGUGGAAUUAUUUCGCGAUUUUUGCACUUGAGAAAACAAUGUUUUCGGUGAUCAAUUUCAGAGGCUUUUGUAUAGAUCUCGAAUGUUUAAAAAAAAAAAAAAUCUGUAUUAGAAUGAAUUGUUAGAAAGGAUUAAUCAAUUUUUACACAAACAAAAUUUUUUAAAUAACAAUGAACACAUAAUAUAGACAGUGUGAUACACAGUUUAAGGUUGCUAAAAUUAUUAUUCUGUUAAAUCUCAAUAUACAUUUUCUAAACUUCAUAAUUGACUUAACUUCACUUCCAUCAUACAUUAGAGUUGUGUGGGGGUGGGCUUGAUGAAGCGCAAUAUGUUGUCAGGUCACAAAGUCAAAUCAAAGUGUUUUUUAUUGUCCUUCAACCAUAUACAGUUAGUACAGUACAAUCGAGUUGCAUUGUGGGAUAUGGGGCAGCUUGAAGUACAUCAGAGUAGGCUCACUCCCUCAGUUUAAAAUCGAGGGGUUGAUGGUCUGUCAACAGAAACUUCCCUCGCUCACUUAACGAAGUGGAACGGACUUCCAAAAUGGUGGCAGGGAUUCUCCCGAAGGGAAGUGCUUUGGGGAGUUAGCGAGUGAAUGUUCAAAUAAAGUGGCAUGCAGCCCCAGAUUGGCAGAAUUGCAACUUUUGUUUUAAGGAACUAAAUGAUAUUGAAUAUUCAUAGGGUAAAAACAGGGCCCUGGGUUGUUCAGCAAGUAAAGACGCUGACUACUGUUGGAAACUCAGAAGUGAAGAUCAGGAGACUCGGUUGUAUCUUCAGCAGGAUUCUUUAUUGAGAACACGAGCUGUCGGUAGCUGCAGUCAUCAAGUCUGAGCAAGGGAACUUUACAUUGUAGUUUAUAUACAUUUAGAGGGCAGUGCUUAGAAAUGGAGACAAAGCACCUAGGUGACGACCUUAAAAAAAGCAUGCAAAUGAAGUAUACAGGUUUAGGAACCCACCCUAGACUCUAGAGUGUUACCAGUCCUAAUCCAAUCAGCAUAACUAUUCAAUGACUGGGGCUGGGGUUCCAAGAGCCAUUGAAGACAAAGGGUGAGAGUCUCAGUAAUCUGACUCAUUUAACUUACAAUAGAGAGAACAGGACUGGCAGGAAUCUCUUGCUGGAAAACUCUGUUUAACAGCUGAUAUAAUCAUCAUCUAUACCUCCAAAUGCUAAAUGCAAUCUACUCUGCUUUCUCAGUUUAUAUACAAUUGUAUUGAACCUAGAUUUAACAUUUUAUAAAUUUGUAAUACAACACUACCACACCUGGAGUCACAAGUUUGAAUCCAGGGCAUACUAAGUGAUUCUAAGUUGCUUCCUAAGCAACUGGUUGCUAGUGUGUGUAGAGUCAUGUUGACAUCUGACAUAAAAACUACACAAAGCAAUAGCUAACACUAUCACAGCAAAAGUUUUGGGAGGGAAAAUGGCAUAUUUACUGCCACAGCAUGCUAAAUUCACACAAAAAGGUCACAGCUAGUUGCUGCAAUUGCUAACACUUCUAAAUAUGUAUUUGACCUGUAAUAUUUAGGAGCAUUUACUGAUUGAAAUAGUUUUACAUUAUUAUGCAUUUUAUUGCAUUAAGUGUAAAAUAUUAUAUAUAUAUAUAUCACCAGUGGCUUCCUAAAAAUGCUUUACAUUCGUUUUUUCUUCUUCAUUAAAUCUAUGCUUGGUCUCUGAUAGUUAAACAUGUCAAAUUAUUUGUUUAUAAUUUAUCUAAAAUGUGAGUAUUUCUUUUAUGGGCUGUUAAUAGAUGGUCAGUAACAAACUACAAAUAGUUGGCUCUAUCUGUAAUUUAUUAUAAUUUUACCAGCAUUUGAGUGUUAUUGUACAAUGAUAAUAUAUUUGAAUUUAGUAUAUAAAUUGCAUACGUAUUGUAUGAGAAUGUCUGUAAAAUGUGCUGUAUUUUAUUACAAAGUUGCAGUUGCCCAAUUUUGCUGUGGUAAGGAUCGGGACUUCUAAUUUGAAAUCAGAUGUAACCGGAAGUGAAUGUGUUGUGCUACAUAUUGCUCUGUGGACGUGAAUAAAUAUCUAAUCAUGUCCAAACUCGAACACCUGAACUCGAAGGUCGCCAAACUACUGACGGUGGCAGUUCAUGAAGUUCUUGAGAUUGUUAAAGAGACCGUAACACAAUAUCAGGAGAAAACAGCGAGAACACAGCGAGAAAAUGAACGACUGCGCAUCAAAUUACAAGAAGCACUGGAGAAGUUGGCCAAAGAGAGAGAGGUUUCCCGACAUGCCACCGUCUCCAAAUCAUUUAACUGUGUCCCUCACCAGCAACAGAUGAACAAGCUCUCACACAUAAAGUCAAACUUCACCCAUACACAAACACAGAGCGACUGCAGUCACAUGACUGAUCCAGAGACAGUGUGCGACCUCAGUGUCGCUCUCACAUUAGCCGGGUGUCAGAAGACAAGUCCAGUUUCAAAAGACAGCCCACCUGCAAAAGUUAAAGGCACGGAUUUACUCAGCACUGUUAAAUGGACACAACACAUUUCACAUGAAUCAAACGCAUCAUGUGCAGACAGCAAGCCAGACAUUACCGUUGAGCACAUUAAGACAGAAUUUGAUUGUACCCAGAACAUCUCUACACAAAUGCAGCUUUCUCAAAGCAGCCAUGACUUUGCAGAAGACCUGAGUGUCGCCAUGGUUAGACAGGAACCUGUCACUUCAGGUCCAAUAUUCACAGAUGAAUCCAGCGACUAUGGACUGGCAUUUAUCAACUCCGGUCACAAUACAACGGAAAGACAUUUGGGAUACGGGAGGGGUGUCCACUCGAUUCCUCAAGGUGAAGAGCAUCACGUUUGCUUGGUUUGCGGCAAGACGUUCAAUCGUGUGGGGAACUUGCGGAUACAUCAGAGGUGCCACACUGGAGAGAAACCUUACCGCUGCCUGAUAUGUGGCCGCUGCUUCAGUCAAGCCGGAGACCUGAAGAAACACAAGCGCGUUCACACUGGGGAGAAACCAUACUGCUGUGCUCGUUGUGGGAAAAGCUUUAGCAGAGGAGAGAACCUCAAACGGCAUCAGAAGAUUCACAUCGGAGAAACAUCACAUCUCCAGCAAUCAGAGAGAAAUCCGCAGAUAAACUAGUGUUUCAAAAUGUUAACAGCAACAUAAAUUAAAGACCCCAUGAAAUGAAAAUCAGAGUUUUGUCUAUGCUAGUGUGCUCUUAUAAGUUGACACUUUUAGCAGAUAAACACAUUUCUACAAAUGUGGAUAAAUUAAUAUAACAUAUAUAUCUGUAGAUUGACCUUCUGUCUCUGACUUUAGGCUGUUAGGUAUUUACAUAAAAAAGAAUGUGUCUCGCCCCAACUUCUUGUUUCAUUAGGAAAUAUGUCAAUAUAGGAAAGAAAAUUGUGUUCAUUGAAUCAUUUCAUGGGCUCUUUAAAAGGCAUGGGAUAACAUGAAUAAAGAACUAUCAUUAAAAAAAGAUGUGACU